UCUACUGAGUUCGUCGUAGCAUGAUACAUUUUUUUAAGUGAUGGCAGAAGGAGGAGUGGAACAACGGGACAUUGCGGGUGAAGGGAAUAACUGGUUAGUCAACGAAACUGACGUCAGAAUGUUGAUGGACAAAGUAGCACGCCACCGCUAUUACAAAUCGGAUAAUGAUUCGGAGAGUGUAUCCAUUAUGAACAUGUGUACAAUGCUCUUUGAAAGAGACUAUGAAUGUCAGCAUCUAGAUAAUCAGCGUGGGAAAUUCUGCCCGACUUAUCCAAUGAACAUAAUUAUUCCUGUAAAAGAGAGAGCAGACGUUGCUGAAGCGCAGUUUCCGAACACUAGCUUCGAUGUUGAUGAAUUCAUUCCACUGGUUGAGCAAUCGCACCUUUGUAGACGCAAACACAGGUUUCCUGUACCUGUUAUCUUAUUUGAAGGGAAGUAUAUUUGCCGUUCUGCCUCAAUCUAUAGUAACGUGGCGUCACAAUGGUCCGAGGAGGAUGGAAGACACAAAUCUUUCGAAACCAAAUUUUUCGAAUACGGGAUGACUAUUGAUAGUGCAAUCUAUUUAUUACAGAAUGUUAAAUUCCGAAGACAAAUCAUAAAGGAUGCUGAUGUCAUGAGGUACUGUAACAUACGUUACAUUUUUGACUUGAGAAUGGAAAACUCAAUGCAAAGGCGUUCUCCAACGGUGAAUGCUUCAGAAGGUGUUUACUUGCAGUAUUAUACAGAAUUCAAAAAAAUUUCCGUACCUUACCCAGAGGUCGCUUCGUUUAGAGACUUCUGCCUCAAUCCAGAGAUUGAAGAGCUAUAUUACGAUUGGACUUCGAGAAGGCGUCGCUUCAGAUUUCAUGUGCCUGCCGAUGAUUUUAUAAGACCUCCAAGGAUAGACUUUAGUUAUUACCAGGAGUGGAAAGUUCUUGUUCUCACUGAAAAUUAUCUUUUGCUCUUAUUGCACUAUAUAGCUUUAAGCGAAAAGGGAGCCCUUGUCCAUUGCAUUACUGGUAUAGAUAGGACUCCACUCUUCAUAACCCUUUUACGUUUGUCACUUUGGGCUGAUGGCUUGAUCCACAAAUCAUUAAAUCCUAUAGAGAUGACUUACUUCACGGUAGCAUAUGAUUGGUACCUCUUCGGGCAUGACUUACCCAAACGAGCUAAUGGAGGACACUGGAUCAUGUUUUUCUGCUUCUCCUGCCUCGCAUAUAUUUCAUCACUAAUGUUUUCGAUAAGAGCGUCGAUCGGCCUUUCGCGUCCACGGGACCGUCUGUAUAAACUCAACACAGUAUAUGAACUAUUCGAGGAGCUAUACUAUUCUGUAAUAAAACAAAUUUGGGAGGAAGAAUUAGCAGGAACUUAAUCUUCAGAAAAAUCAGAAUCUCAAAAAUCUUUAAAAAAUCGGAAUCGUAAAAUCCAGUCAUAAGACCUUUUUCUCAAUUUGUUGGCAUGUACAAAAUGUAAUUAAUGAAAUGUUUCUAAUAAGAUUUAUAUUUUUCAUAAUUUCUAAUAUCUAAAGCAAUAAACUAUAAUUUCCAUAU